CGAGAGCGGCCGCUGAGGAGGAGCCGAGCGGAGCUGAGCGCGGGCGGCCGCGACCAUGGAGUCGGCGGUGGAGGAGCUGAUGCCGCGGCUGCUGCCCGUGGGCGACUGCGACCUGCCCGAGGACUUCGACCCCAGCGUGCCGCCCAGGACCCCGCAGGAGUACCUGCGGCGGGUGCAGAUUGAAGCAGCUCGAUGCCCAGAUGUGGUCGUGGCACAAAUAGACCCCAAAAAAUUGAGAAAGAAGCAGACAGUAAACAUUUCAAUUUCUGGAUGUCAGCCUGCUCCUGAAGGAUACUCUCCAACACUCAAGUGGCAGCAGCAGCAAGUAGCCAAUUUCUCAGCCGUUCGUCAGAGUCUGAACAAGCAUAGAAAUCACUGGCGGUCACAACAUUUGGACAGCAAUGUUAAUAUGCCAAAAUUAGAGGAUGAAGAAGGAUGGAAGAAGUUUUGCCUGGGUGAAAGAGUCUACUCAGAAAUAGAUUCACGAUCUGAUAAUGAAAAUCUAGGAAUUGAUUACAUGAAGGUGGGCUUUCCUCCUUUGCUAAGUAUUGUAAGCAGAAUGAAUCAGGCAACAGUAACCAGUGUCUUAGAAUACCUGAUAAUCUGGUUUGGAGAGAAAAAGUUUACUCCUGAACUGGGUAGGUGGUUUUAUGCAUUGUUGGCAUGCCUUGAAAAGCCUUUGCUACCUGAAGCUCACUCCCUUAUUAGACAGCUGGCAAGACGGUGCUCAGAAGUCAGAGUAUUAGAGGAGAACAAGAAUGAAGAGCAAGUAUCUGCUCUGAACUUGAUAAUCUGCUUAGUUAGCAGGUAUUUUGAUCAACGUGAUUUAGCUGAUGAACCCUCCUAGACUGUUUUUGUGUUGCUGUGGUAUAAAGAGCGUUAUCAGACAUUGCACAGAUCAGACCUGAGGUACAAUACAAACCCUUCAGAACACCCUCAACGUAACAAGACAUUUGGCACAGCUGAGAAUAACUUAAGGUGAUCUUUAGCAUGAGAUGGUUAGCGUCUCCAGUAUCAUCAUCAUAAAAUGGUCAGUGAAGUGUUUGUCGUCGUCUCUCAAGCUACUGUCUCAGCAAACUACAUUCUUCAUUAGAAUUUUCUACCAUCUGAGUGCUCCUGUGGACGCUGCCUUAGAUAAAGACUUCUAAGUUUAAAAAAAAGACAUUACAUUACAGAUGAUUUUUCUUUAUCUAACACACACCCCUCGACGGCUUUUUUAAUAAAACUGAAGCAUAUUUUAAGUGGUCUUAAAUA